AUGGCACCCGUCCCACUGAAUCCAACGUUCGCAAACGAUCUAUCAUCUCAUCAUCAUUUGGUAAACUACAUUGCCAGUUCCCUGUCCACAAGGAGAUACGAUAGGAUCCCAGCAUUCCAUUCCCCCUCGCCUAGAGAAGUAAGGAAUCUAGUCGAUUUGUGGAAUGAGUUAUUUCGUGUUCACAGAUUGGAAAUUCAAGAGUUGAUCAGAAACGGAAGGGGAAGAAGAAUCCCUAACCAUGAGAUGGAGAGCACGUUGGAGGGGCUGAAAGUGCAUAGUUUGAGUUUGAGAGGUGAUUUUCAUGUCGAUAUAUCAGAAUACGAACUUCGUUCAAUUCUACCUUCUUUUUUACCUACUCAAGAUCUAAUGACAAAUCCACCUUUCAAGCCCUUCGGCUCAACUGAAGCAGAAGUGUUAGCAUUAGCCAAAUGGUUCAAAUCGACUUACUUCAAAUGGGUAGAUCCUGUAAAAUGUCCACUCUGUGACGGAUCGACUUCAGCUAUAGGUAUGGACCAGCCUACCCCUUCAGAAAGGGGUGAUGGGGCAGGUAGAGUAGAAUUGCAUAAGUGUAGAAAUGAUCAUGGACCUUGUGAAGGAUUAAGAAGGUUUUGUAGAUAUGGUAAAAUAAAAGCUCUCACUAGAACAAGAGAAGGUAGAUGUGGUGAAUGGGCUCAGAUGUUUUAUACCUUUUUGAGAGUAAAAGGGAUACAAUCUAGAUAUGUAUGGAAUAGCGAAGAUCAUGUAUGGUGCGAAUACUGGUCUGACACCCUUCAACACUGGGUACAUGUUGAUCCGUGCGAAGCUGCAACCAAUAAACCGUUAGUAUACGCUAAGGGAUGGGGAAAGAAACAGGCGUAUUGCUUAGCUUUCGGUCCAUAUGGCGCCGAGGAUGUCACUAGAGCUUAUAUCGACGAUUGGGAAGACUGCAAAGGUCGACGGAGAGCGAGGGGCUGGAACGAGAUUGAUCUAAGAAGGGCCUUGUAUUCACAUACCGUCUCGCUUCGACUAAAACUCUCACCAACAGAGCGAAUACGGCUGGAAGCGAUUGAUAACCUUCAAUCACUUUGGAUAGGAGAUGAACAAGGUAGAUUGGCAGAAGCUGAGCGUAUGCAAUUAGGCGGUAGGACGAGUGGUCCAGAAGAUUGGAGAGCUAUGAGAGAUGAAUUAGGUUUAGGGGUCGACAUGGAACUUGUCAAACCGAAAUUCACAAUCAUCGAAAAUCUCGAAAUCGGAAACGAAGAUCUUCGGAUAUUUGGUAAUACACGUAUAAAUGAUGGAACGAUAUUAUUGACCGAUGGACCAUCUCAAACGUCAUCCGUUUUCCAUCCCACCCCAAUACUCAAACAAUCAAGUUUCAGAUCAACCGUCAAGUUCAAAUUGACAUCUCCGGAAGGUGGUGAAGCGGAUGGCAUAGCUUUGGUAUUUACAUCUGAACAUUACAAUCCUAAAGAAAGUAAAUCGGGUUUGGGUCUGGGUGGGUUCGGUUUAGGCUAUGAUGGAUUAGGUGGUGAUGGCGAUUUUGCAAUUGAGAUCGACACGUAUCGUACACAGGAUUACGCUGAUGAUCCUCCAACUCCACAUAUAUCAAUCCAUUCCCCACCUAAAGCUCAUCAUCGAUAUUCUAUAGGAUGUACCAAACCAGGUAGUAUACCACAUCUAUCAGAUGGCAGAGUAUAUGCUUUCGAAGUCAUAUAUCAGUCAUCCUCCAAAGAGAUAAAAGGGUAUCUGAAAACUUCGGAUGGAGAAGAGAUGCAAGUUGUGAACGUCAUUUUGCCUGAUCUCGAUACGGUUGAGGAACCGGAACAAAACGCUGAUACAAGUAGAAAUACAAACAAAAAUGCGCGUUGGUAUAUGGGUAUUACAGGAGCUUGUGGUGGUUUAUGGCAAAAACAAGAAAUCCUGGAUUGGAAUAUCGAUCUAAUUGAAUUUGAAAAGUCUGAAGAUACUCAAGUGAACGUUGAUAAACAAAAGAACAAACUCGAAGAAGUGAACAUGGAGAAAGAUGAGAUUUGA